AUGCUGAUUGCCAGUGGGAAACUACCUCCGUAUGUUCCGAGGUUCUCUGUACAAGAGAUACCCCUCGCUCUGGAGGCGACUAGCCACUGUGGAAGAGAGGAAGAAAAUAGUUGCAUCGUCACAUGGUGUGCCUGGGGCUCGCUGGCUGAACUGCCCAACACUCGAGAGCUGAGUGGGCUUUGGCAGUGGCAGCUCUGCGCAGGGCCAGAAGAUGCUCUGCAGACGCUUCGAGGGCUCCGACGGGAGCGUCUCCCCUUACCUUUCGGGUUGGAUGCGGCGUGGCGUUUGGCAGAUCACGGAUACACAACCUUGGCCACCAGCGUGACGCUGUUAAAAGCCUCAGAGGUGGAAGAGAUUCUGGACGGCAAUGACGAGAAGUACAAGGCGGUGUCCAUCAGCACGGAGCCGCCCACCUACCUCAGGGAACAGAAAGCCAAGAGGAACAGCCAGUGGGUGCCCACCCUGCCCAACAGCUCCCACCAUCUGGACGCUGUGCCCUGCUCCACGACCAUCAACAGGAACCGCAUGGGCCGGGACAAGAAGAGAACCUUCCCUCUGUGCUUUGAUGACCACGACCCAGCUGUGAUCCAUGAGAAUGCAUCCCAGCCUGAGGUGCUUGUCCCCAUCCGGCUGGACAUGGAGAUCGACGGGCAGAAGCUUCGAGAUGCCUUUACUUGGAACAUGAAUGACUUUUUGCAACGAACACAUUAUUUAUAUUCAGACCAAAACCAAACAACAACAACGAAAAACCCCAAGAAGCUGAUGACCCCUGAGAUGUUUUCAGAAAUCCUCUGUGAUGACCUGGAUUUGAACCCACUGACAUUUGUCCCAGCCAUCGCCUCUGCCAUCAGACAGCAGAUAGAGUCCUAUCCCACGGACAGCAUCCUGGAGGACCAGUCAGACCAGCGUGUCAUCAUUAAGCUGAACAUCCACGUGGGAAACAUUUCGCUGGUGGACCAGUUUGAGUGGGACAUGUCAGAGAAGGAGAACUCACCAGAGAAAUUUGCCCUGAAGCUGUGCUCAGAGCUGGGGCUGGGCGGGGAGUUCGUCACCACCAUUGCAUACAGCAUCCGGGGACAGCUGAGCUGGCAUCAGAAGACCUAUGCAUUCAGUGAGAACCCCCUACCCACGGUGGAGAUUGCCAUCCGGAACACAGGUGAUGCUGACCAGUGGUGCCCGCUGCUGGAGACUCUGACGGACGCCGAGAUGGAAAAGAAGAUCCGCGACCAGGACAGGAACACAAGGCGUAUGAGGCGUCUUGCCAACACUGCCCCAGCCUGGUAACCAGCCCAUCGGUGCAUGGCUCCCACGGAGCGUUCAGAAGAUCGGACCACCUCUCCUUCAUCUUCUGGAAAGGAGGGCGGCCAAGGGGGCAGGCCGGGGCCAUCCUGAGGAGCAUGGGGUGUGGGGAGGGCUUCCACUCACCCUUCCCUGGGCACACAUUCCAUUUGUUGAGCCCCAGUCCCCACCCAAGUCUCUGGUCAGAAAGAGGCCUCGUUUUUGGGUUGUGUUUUGUUUUUGUAUAGGAGCCCCAGGUAGGGCUAGCAACACUUUUUAAAUAAAGACAACAGGUCAUGUUCCAUUUUUUCAAA